GCUUGAUAACAACCCCACCUCGACCAUGGCGCCGGCACCACCACGACCGGCGGUCAAGCCGCAGAAGGUGCGCUACUUCAAGGGCAAGCCCGUUGGCGCGGUCGCGAGCGACUCGGACUCGGACGAGGAGGAGGAUGUGGUCAUCCCGAAGCGCACAGUGCCGAAGAUCGACGAGAACCUCGUCGCCGGCGGCGCGGGGCGAGUCAUCAAGGAGGGCAAGCCUAUCAUCAAGAUGGAGCUUGGGAGUGUGAAGGUCGGCGGCGAUGGCGGCGUCAAGCAUGCUGUCGGCGAGGAGAGCGACGAGGAAUCAGAGGAGGAAAGCGAGGAGGAGCUGCCAAAGCCCAAGUUUGUGCCCAAGAUCCCUGGUGGCGAUGAGUCGAGCGAAUACGAGACCGACAGCGAGGAGGAAUCGGAAGAAGAAGCCAAGCCUGCCAUCCGGCCAGUCUUCGUCUCAAAAACCACCCGCAAGACGGUCAGUUUGGAACAGCAGGCCAAGGAGGCCGAGGAGAAGGCCCAGCGCGAGGAAGAGGAGCGCGUCCAGCGCAAGCUCGACUCGAAGGAUCUCGCGGGCGAGACGAUCAGGAGGGAACUGGCUGAGAAGGAAGUCACCAACGAGCUCAUUCCCGAUGUGGACGACACGGACGGCCUGGACCCCGAGGCCGAGUUCGAGGAGUGGCGCGCGCGCGAGCUCACCCGUCUCGUGCGGGACAAGCAGGCCGAGGCUGAGCGCGACGCCGAGCGCGAGGAGAUCGAGCGGCGGCGUGCGAUGCCAGAAGACCAGCGCAUGGCAGAGGACAUGGCAUAUGCGGACGCGACGCGCGCCCGCGAGAAGGGCGAGAUGGGCUUCCUGCAAAAGUACUACCACAAGGGUGCCUUCCACCAGGACGACGAGAUCCUCAACCGCGACUACACGGCCGCCACCGAGUCCCAGGUGGACAUGCAGAUGCUGCCCAAGGUCAUGCAGGUCCGCGACUUUGGCAAGGCAUCGCGCACGAAAUACACCCACCUCACGGACCAGGACACGAGCUCGGGUGGUUGGGGUACGGCGCACCAGAACUUUGGCAGGCCGGGUGCGGCAAAGGGUGUGGAGUUUGGGUGCUGGAACUGUGGUGGCCCCCACGCACGCAUCGACUGCCCCAACAACGAUGUCAACGAUGUCAACGCCAUUUCCGGUCUCAAGGCUACCGACGCCAAUAGCGAGUUGCUGGGCCUCGGUACCGCCAGGAAGGGCUGGAAGGACGGUGGCAGCGGUGGACCCGGUGGACGCGACAGGAACGGAGGAGGAGGGGGAGGACCUGCAAGGGGCCAGGACUCUGGCUGGGGAGGGCGAGACGCUGCUCGUGGGUCACGCGACGGUGGCAGGGGUCACGACGGUGGCAGCAGAAGGGACCGCGACGACGGGCGUGGCGGCCGCGAGCGACGAUCCUACGACGACAGGCCUCGUGACGACCGCGACCGUCGAGACCGCGACCGCGACGAUCGGCCACGAGACCGUGACAGUGGCAGGGACCGGUACAGCGGCCGUGACGACCGCGACCGGUACAGCAGCCGCGAUGGGCGCGACCACGGGGGCUCAGACAGGAGAGACCGGCAACGCAGCAGGAGUCCAGGCCGGCGUCGCGACGAGGGCUGUGACCGGGACAGCGGCCGCGACCGCGACCGCGAGCGCGACCGGGACAGCGAUAGGCGCCGUGACCGUGACGACCGGCGGGAGCGUGGCGACGGGCGUGAUCGCGACGAGAGGCGCGACCGGGAUAGGAGAUAGCCGGGGGUGGUGGGCGGUAGCGGCGGAGCGAGGGGCGGCAGCAGGCAUUAGCGACAGACGGACAGACAGAC